AACACUUUGGGGCAUAACACGAUAACCAGAAGAUACUAGAAUGAUCUAGACUCGACUCAACGAUGCUUGGUAUAAUUGUGUCUGGUCGACUGGUACAAACGGAUUUCCAACAGAUUGCAGAAACUCAGUUUUUGAUUACAGUACCAGACGCAGAUAAUAUUAAUCACAUCGUCGUGUUCCUGACAGGUACAUUACCAUUUCCUGAUGGAACAGGCGGUGCAGUAUAUUUCAGUUGGCCGGAUCCAACUGCUCCACCCAACUGGCAGUUUCUUGGAUAUAUUUCCAAUGCAAAGCCUUCAGCUAUAUUCAAGAUAUCAACAUUGAAGAAAAACCAUGAAUUCGAGAAUAGCAACUUAGGCAUUUUUGGAGUGGGAAAAAUUUCUCAUGUAGCUCAAAUAGGUGUCUCGGUUGAACCCCUUGGAGCUAUAGAACAAUUAGCAGCUACUGUGACCGAAGCCACGUCGAAUUCGUUCUUGGAAUUCGUCCAGAAAAUGCUUACUAGCUUUUUGAAUUAUGUUUCCAGUUUCUCUGUAACACAGGCACAAAUGACGCCUAAUCCAACCGAAAAUUAUGUUCCGCUAUCGACUAUUCAAGGAUGGUACGAAACGUUCGAGAGGAGGUUACAGCAAAAUCCAAACUUUUGGAAAGCAUGAUGAGAACGCAACCAACUUUCGUUACGCGAUAGUUGGUCUCCAUUUCGCGUUCCAGCAUCUUAUUUCUCGACGCUCGUGUUUUCGUCCACGAAGUACGACAGACUGGAAUGCGUUGUGUCGCGCGCAUAAAUUCAAAUUUUUUUAUAUUUAUCAUCAAAGAACUGUAUCGUAAUAAUAAGAUUAAUUGUAAUAUUACCGCGUUUUUUACUCGGAACGCUAAAAUCUCACCUGUAUGCAUUUAACAUCAACUUUAAUGUCCAUUGCAUUUUGAUUGUAUUGUACGCUUUUCGAAUUUCGUUGAAAAAUUUGUUUCAAGAAUAUCGUACAUAUUAUAUUGCUACCUUUUGAUUGUUUCGCGCUCAUGUAAUACUUAUUUGCGAAAUAUUCAACAAAUGUAAAAUUGCAAUUCACGAUAACAAAACGAGAAAAAUGAUAAUCAGUAAUAUAAAAAGUAUGCCUGUC